AUGCAUUUAGAAAAAUUUCCAGGAGACUCAAGACAGGGCCAGAACUCGCAGAAACAAUCAGUUGUUAUUGCAGGAGACUCAAUUGUUAAAAAUAUUAUCGGUCCGAAGAUGAAUGCUGAAGAUCCUAAUCAUUAUUUUAUUGUAAAGCCGUUCCCUGGAGCAACAGUCACAGACAUGGAGGACUUUGUCAAGCCACUUACAAAAAGAACACCGGACAAGAUGAUUUUACAUGUUGGAACAAACGACCUGAGAAGUCAUUGCACGCCAAAAGUAAUAGCUGACUCUAUCGUCAACAUUGUAACGCAAGUAAAAGAAGAUUCACCAGGUACAGAUGUUGGAAUAUCAGCCAUUCUGGUAAGGUCUGAUAAUCAUGACUUAACUGUUAAAGCUACUCAGGUUAAUAACAUUCUUAAAGGCUAUUGUAUUCGCAAUAAAAUUCCCUUCUUAAGUAAUUCAAAUAUGAAUGAAAGCCACCUAAACACGAAGGGCCUUCAUUUAAAUAGACAAGGUAGCUUAGCUUUACAACAAAACUUUUUAGAUUUUGCUAAAUCUAUCUCAGAUUGACAAUUUCCCAAAUCCGUUAUUCCUACCUCACGCGGGUUUAAGUUAGCAGCCCUUAAUGUGAGAAGCAUAGUAAAUCACAUUGAUGAGCUGCGAGUUUUGCUUGCUACUAGCCCAAUCGAUGUUCUAGCAAUUAACGAGACAUGGCUUAAUUCUACAAUAAGCGAUAACGAUGUUUACAUACCUGGAUAUGAAAUUAUACGUCGGGACAGAGCAUGUAGUAGUGCCGAUGGAAAAACGUAUGGAGGUGUUUGCUUUUAUGUGCGCUCCUGCGUAAAUUUUAUACU